UAAUUAAUAGGACUUUCCUGCCAAUAAGGAUUAGAUUACUGCUGACUUGCUUUAACUGGUGAUUGUUAUAGUAAUAUUAUGGUAGUUUCUAUGUGGUAUGCAAAGGUACAUCUAUGAAUAAUUUCAUGUUUUGCUAAUCUGCAGGAUAUAACCCUGUGGAAGUACUAGAAGGGAAGCCUCUUUCAGAAGUUUCCAAAUACCAUUAAUAUAUUAUAGGGAAAUGGUCAGUUCCAUUGUCUUAAUUUGUCAUUCUUAUUUGCCUCUUGCUGUGUAAGCCUGCAUUGUGCCUGGCAACUGUUACCUAGUGACAAUUUCAGCUGCUUUAGCCAUUGGCUGUGCUGUUGAUUGGGGCAGAAGGACCGAGUCACCUUUCUGAUAGUGAGUUCUUCUGCAUCAGCUAAGGAUAAAGAGGAGCAGCAGGCUCAGGUGCAAGCAAUAAUUUUGAGAGAGAAUGUGAGGAAUAGUGACAGCAUCCUUGUAACAGCCUCACAGUAAAUAGGACUUCUGUAUCAAGCAGUUCACCGUAGCAGCUGAUAAGAAUGAACAUAGGUGAGAAACAUUGGUUUAUUGCUGUAGCAAGAGAAUUUUUUUAAAAAGUAGUAAUUUUGUAACAGAUUAAAUUACUUAUAAACAGAGAGAAUGAACAACUGGCAAGUGUUUUGGGGAUGUUAUAAAAUCAAAAAGAACCUUCUGUACAGCAUGAUGGUGCACCUUGGAAAAUUAACUUCAAAAGAAUGCUUUCUAUCAAACUACUGCAUCAGAAGUGGAGAAAAUGUUUCUUUUCUAGUGAAUGAAAUUCCUUCAGAAGGACAAUGAAGACUAUCAAAAGCAUCAGUGAGAUGUCAGUACUUUUAAAGGGACAUUAAACAAAUGCUAAUAUAAUAGCUACAUGACCUUGGAAAUCUUUUUAUUUGGAUUGAUUCGUUCUUGUCUGCCUCUUCCUAAUCUCAGGAAUUCUAGGAUUAAAGAUAUUUUUAGUAUUUCUGGGUUUUUUUUAAAAACAAGACUGUGUACAUUUAGUAACCUAGCUAAUGGUCCUUGCACUAAUCAAGCAGUUACUCAAAAAUGAAUACAGAAGAGGCUUUCUUUAACGUAUGGCUGCUCCAUAACCGCAAAUACAAUUAACAGGUAAUGUCCAGCUAUUAGAAGAUCUGGUUUUUAAAGCAGUGAUUUAUCAUGCUAAUCGUCUAAUAAAAACAGAAAGUCUGUGGCAGCCUAGAAGAUGAAGCUGAAUGACAGAAUAAUGGAGUAAACAAUGGCAGCUUUUCUAGUCUGAUCAGCAUUUCAUUAGCUUCACAGCAGAAUGCAGAUGGAAGUUUCUGUUAUUGUUGUAUGGAGCUUGUGAAAGGAUUCAGGUGUUGCUACAGAGGUGAGAAAUAUCAUGGAUAUACCCAUGAACUUCACUGUAGCAGAUAUGGCAUUAUUUCUGAAGAAAAUUAUUUUUGAUCAUCACUGCUGAAAUGAAAUGCAAGAAGGAUUUAUUUUGUCUGUGAGGACCUUGUAUUGUGCUGCUGACAUUGAUAGUUGUAGUGGACCGUAACUGUUUAAAAGAGUUUUGAAUACUGACUUAAAGCUCCAAAAUUUAUGCUUACGUUUUUCUGAUUUUUAAGUGAUUACACAUGAUCUUCCUCCGUGUACAGGUAGAUGUAUGUUUUCCUUCCUGGGAGUCAGAGGACAAACCUGGCUUUCCCCAUACCCUUCUCCCUCCAAAUAAAAUUCAUUAUUCAUACACAAACUGUGGUGAGUCUAUUGGAAUUACCCUGGACAGAAAUGUUUUCCUUACCUCUCUAAUGAAUAGAAUAUAUGAAGCAAAGAUCUCCUGAACAGAGCCAAAAGACACAGCACAAUACGGUGAACUUUUCCUUGAUUUUCCAGACAUUUUAUGGUUUAAUUAUUUAAAUGAACAUAAAACAUUAAUUUGUUUCUAAAGAUUGCUGAUUCAUGAAACCUGUGUUGUAUUGAAAUAUUUUCCCCUUUUUAUUCUUUGUAUUUUUCUUGCUAAUUCCAAAGAACUGCCUUUCUCAGGAAAAAACAAUCACAGAAUUUUUUUUUUGAGGCAGUUGACUUUUUCCUGUCUCUCCCCCUCUCCUGCCUUUUUUUUGUUUGUUUUUAUUUUCAUCUUCCACAAAUACAGUAAAAAGAACCUGUUUUCUUUAGAAGUGCCUUGUGUUUGACAAAGAUGGAUCAAGAGCACUGGAGGAAACCUGUCAGUGGCCUUUUUUCUUCUUUCUGGCUUUUUUUUCCUUUCCUCAAAGCUAAGGUGUGUCAGAGUGUUGCAUUGAUGCUGAAGAGGCAUCAACAGCUAUGAGACUGUAACCUCCCUGAGAAAAGUACUGGCCGUGUCUGCAAAACGAGAUCAUGAGACUCUGAAGCAGAGUUUAGCUGAUGUUGGGCAGGUCACUUGCUCACCGUAGCUCCGAUUGCAGUGUUCCCGAAUCCCAAACCAUGAACCACUCCAGAUGGACUGAAUGGAGGACUCUGAACAUGAGCAGUAGCAUUGUGAAUGUGUCUGAGCAUCUCUCUUGUCCGCUAGGAUUUGGCCACUACAAUGCAGUCGACAUCUGCAUCCUUGAGACAGUCAUUAUUGUUUUGCUAACAUUUUUAAUUAUUGCUGGUAAUUUAACUGUAAUAUUUGUCUUUCACUGUGCUCCGCUCUUACAUCAUUAUACCACCAGCUAUUUUAUUCAGACCAUGGCCUAUGCUGAUCUUUUUGUUGGAGUUAGCUGCCUGGUUCCUACAUUAUCAUUGCUUCACUACUCUACAGGUGUCCAUGAGUCCUUGACUUGUCAGGUUUUUGGAUAUAUCAUCUCUGUGCUGAAGAGUGUCUCCAUGGCAUGUCUUGCUUGCAUCAGUGUUGACCGCUAUCUUGCUAUUACAAAACCUCUCUCCUAUAAUCAACUGGUCACGCCUUGUCGCUUGAGAAUCUGUAUCAUUUUAAUCUGGAUAUACUCUUGUCUGAUCUUCUUGCCUUCCUUUUUUGGUUGGGGGAAACCUGGUUACCAUGGUGAUAUUUUUGAAUGGUGUGCUAUCUCCUGGCUCACCAAUGCUUAUUUUACUGGUUUUAUUGUGUGCUUACUAUAUGCUCCAGCUGCUUUGGUAAUCUGCUUCACAUAUUUCCACAUCUUCAAAAUUUGCCGGCAGCACACCAAAGAGAUAAAUGACCGGAGAGCUCGUUUUCCUAGCCAUGAAGUGGAUGCUGCUGGAGAGACUGGGCACAGCCCUGACCGCCGCUAUGCCAUGGUUUUAUUUCGGAUAACCAGUGUGUUUUACAUGCUUUGGCUCCCCUAUAUCAUAUACUUUCUGCUGGAGAGCUCUAGGGUGCUGGAUAAUCCAGCACUUUCCUUCUUAACAACAUGGCUUGCUAUAAGCAAUAGUUUCUGCAACUGUGUGAUAUAUAGCCUCUCCAACAGUGUUUUCAGGCUGGGACUCCGGAGACUGUCAGAGACAAUAUGUUCAUCUUGUAUGUGUUUAAAAGACAAGGAUGUACGGGACCCCAAACCUAGAAAACGGGCUAAUUCCUGCUCCAUUUAAAGAAAACUGGGACAACUAAUGAAAUGCAAUCUGACAUUGGGUUUGGAUAGCAUUUGAUACAUCUGGAAAUUUGCCACAACAGAAAUAUUUACUUGAAUAGUUCCUAUGAGAUGAGAUGUGGGUUUGGAAGUAAUUCGGAAUAAAGGAAAAGGUUGCUAUUAAAGGGCACUGAAAGGGUACACAAAUUAUUAUGAAUAUGGGUCUUGUGAAAUUGUGUGGUGGUAUGACAGAAAUUUAACAGAAGAUGAAAGAAAUCAAUAUCUCAUAUCUUCCGCAGGGCAUGAUAUAACAGGCACUUCAAAGCAGGCCCCCCUUAGGAUAAAUUAGUGACUUAUUAAAUUUUUUUCCUUGUAGAGAAAUAGUCAUAUAUUAUAUAUGUGGCAGGAUAUACAGUAGUCUCUCGCAUUAAAAUAAACUUUUUUAAACACAGUGGAUGGCUCUCCAUAAAUGAUAUCAACAGAGGAUGCAUAAUAAAUGUUGCAAUUUAACAAUCAGCUGCACAUAGUCUUUGCUUGUGUCUUGUACUAUUUUCAAUUGUAGAAAUAUCCGCUAAACCCUUUCCCUCCCCCCAAAAACCUCAUACAAAUUAAAGAAACGGAUGGGUACACUUUUUGGAUAAAGUUAGUUUUAUUUUUUGCAUUUCUGGUGCAGCUUCCACAAAGCCUGCUCCCCCCCCCCCAUUUCCAUUUUUUUCAUGCCCUGCACCCUGGGUUCCAUUAUUCAGAAGUGAUUUAGUUAAUGAAGGAGCCUGUCAGAUAAACAUAAUUUCAAAUAACUUCUUCCUUCAGAAAAUUCUGGCUAUUUUUACUAGCUUGAUGAUUGCAUUCACCAUAUUCUAAUAACUUUUACAAACUUUGUUCUCUGUAUCCUGCUGAAUUAGCACACAGUAUUGAUGUGGUGUCCUUUAGGAUGUACUAAAGCUUUUCCUUUAACAGUUACACAAAUAAUCCUAAUGCAAAUAUGAUAACCACACACAGCAGUGUAACAUCACUGCUCAGUGAAUUAAAAAAAUUUUUUAAAUGGAAAAUAACUUUUCUGUGGGGUCUGAAUAGCUUACUGUUGUAGCUGCCAAUCCUUUGUGUGAACCUAGCUUGCACAUAUUGUAUUUUUUAAAAAAAGAAAAUGUAAAGUAUGUGGUCUGUGCCUAAUGUUUCAUAGCAUAUGGAGUAGGUCAAUUUUAAGUCUACAGGAUUUAAAAAAAGAAUUACUUGCUCUAAGAGAAAUACUUUUGUGCAGUUAUUAAAUAGAUACUUAUUAGAGGAGGAGGUGGAGAGACAAUUUAGUAUAAAAUACAGAUAAGAGCCUCCGUAUUGCCUUUUGUAUUGCCUUUCAGGUUCACCGCUUAAAUAAAAUACUUUGCAAGGGCACUACAUGUGUAAUAAAUUGCCUGGGGUUCAGAUAUAGUAUGGCAGGUAGUGAAAUAUUUUAAAUAUUAUUUUUGACCCAAGGUGCCAUUUUCGCAGAUGGUGGUUUGUUUCCUUUUUUUAAAAAAAGGCCUAACUAUUGCUCCUCUUAACAGCUGUGCUAUAGUUCCUUAUUUUACCAAAAUGCAUAUAAUGAAGUUGUGCCUAUGACUUUUCAUAAUGGAAGUCAACCCUCUUUGCACACCAAUGGUUUGACUACAGUAGUCCCUUUAAAAAUAAAAAUGUACGCAUUGUUUUAUUGAGGUGGUUCUGAACCCCUGUACAUUUUUAAAACUGUAAGAAAAGUAAGAAAAAAUAAAAAGAAUAAAGUAGUAUUAUGUAUAUCAAAACCAGACUUGGCUUUAGUUCCCUGAUGUUAUUCUCUGUUCUCUGAAAGUCCAAAUGGGUGACAACUAAGGAAUUAGAAUAAAAAAAAAACCAAAACCAAAAAACUUUAAUUAUUAUUAUAAUUAUUUUUGUUGCUUUUCCUACAUCAUAUGUCUGUCAUUGUUUCUAAUAUUGUGUUGGUGAGGCAGGUUUAAGUGCCACUUGGAACUUUCCUCUAGUCUAGCUAAGCUUAUUUGGGGUUGAUAAUUACUCCAGAUAAAAUUUGAGAGGAAUUCCUUGGUACCUUUGUCUUUACCUCGUAUAUCUCAUAGUUGUUUAGACAGAUGAACCUAUUCCUUCCCUUCUGAAGACAAUGGGUGAAAUUUUUGAAAGUGCUUAAAGUGGUUUGGUUCUAUUUUUAAAAGAGUUUUAGGCAUUUUGGUGCCUUCGUCUCAUUGAAAGAGAGUGAGAUUUAGGCUCCUAAGUGUUCAGGAUGGGUAAAAAUCUAUUUAAAAAGAACUCAAAAUAAGAGUUUAUUUAAAUUAAUUUUUUAUUUUUAAAAACCUUUUUAAAAUGGCUUAUGUUAAGGCCUAAAUUUACUAUAAUCUAUUAAAAUAAUUUAAAUAAAUAAAAGAAAAAUGCUGCUUUAAUGAGCCCUCCUCAAAUUUUAAUGAGUUAAUGAGUUCAGCUUUUUUUAUGAUACAGAGAAUCGGGGGGAUUCUCUGAAACAUCUCUAACUUUUGCAGUCAAUUAAGCUUUAUAAAGUCACAAUACCGCAUUCAGUAUCUAUAUUAUUUUUAAUCUUUUCAAUUGAGUGAAUGCUAGUAUUUACAUUUACUUUCAGUUUCUGCUGAGCAGAAAAGCUUUUGCCUUAAUUACUUUUGUUUUCAGUUUAUCUAGCAGAUGAAGAGAAAAUAUUUUCUUCAUUUGGACUAAUUCAUUCAAAACUGAGGAACCAACCGGGAGUUGAAAAAACAGGAAAACAUGUUUUCAUCCAAUAUAUGAAUAAAAACCAGGUGUGAAAGAGAAUUAAAUCUGUUAAGUCUAAAAGUUGAAGGACAAGAGGCCAGAUUUUCAAAGGUAUUUAGGUGCCUAAAUAUGCAGAUAGGCUCCUAGUGGGAUUUUGAAAAGUAUCUAAUCAGGCUAGAUGCCUAUAAGCAUUGUUGGCCCCCAGAUACCCUUUUUUAUUUCCUGGUCACCAUAGGCCAGAUUUCCAGUCUGACAAUUCACUAACUACAAUUUAUACUUCCUUUGUUAAAUAAAUCUGUAUUCAGCACAUUUAAGGUAGUUUUAUUUUAUUGAUAAACAAUUUUUAAAUGUUUUUCUUGUGCAUUUUCAAAUUAGUUCCAAUUGCCAUCCAAUGUAAAUCAACAUAAAUCCGCAGUAAAAAAUUAAUAAUCUAGUAAAUAAAAAAUGUAUCAUUAACCAUUUUCUAAUAAUAAAAAGGAAAUAAUUAAGAAUAUGAAUAAAUGUAUGUUAAACUAUAGAAUUGUUUAAAUAAGUGUGUAUAAAUACAGGGUAUUCUCCUGUUAGCAAAAAGUACCACAUUUAGUAUAAAGGUUAUAUUUAUUUGCAAAUCAAUAUGUUUUAGUGGUUGUACCAACCAAUGAGAACAAACCUUUCUUUAGGAAAAUGGCUAAAGUAUAAAUGCAAAACAGGGUUAAAAUCAAUGAUUUCUUGCUGAUGUAAAUAAUGAUUAAAAUUGGUGAUUUAAAUCAAUCCAUCUUGUAAAUGCCUGAAUCAUUUUUGAAAAUGGGAUUAAGAUCCUUCUGAAAAUUUUACCCAGUGGAUAUUUCAUAGCUAUCCCCAACUGUUCUGUAGUGCAUGGAAUCAAGCUUUGGUUUUCACGCUGCAGCUAGUUUUGCUAAACUCUACAUGGUGAUUAUUUCACCUUUUUGGGGAAGUGUAACCUAUUUAUUGACAAAAGACCAGUCUGUGCCCACAUACUCAUAAUUCAGCUUGUAGUUAAGGCUGGCUAUGGGAGGGUGAAGUAGCAGUAUGCCAGUCUCUAAUGAAAGAAGCUAAUUUUUAAGGUAAGAAGGGGGAGAACUAGAGUACCUGUCACCAAAGUCUCAAGUUACUAGUUUUGGUAUGCAUCACAGUGGUUCAAGUCUUAAACGUGACUUGAAGAGGGCCUUUGCCUCUUCAUUUUUAUUUACUGAUAGUGUAGUAUUAAGAUAGCUCUAAAGGGUUUGAUUUCUAAAAUAAAUGAAUGUUUGUGGGUUUUUUAAUCUUCAAAUAUCAACCUUCCUUAGGGGACCCGAAGAUGUGGUUUGGGAGAUUUUACAGCACCUACCUGAAAGGAAAGGGUAAAUGUGUAGCAAAAGAGCCUUUCUUCCAAUUUUUUGUUAAGUGUUUGAGUUCAAUAGCUGCUAAGAAAAACAAACAAGAAAUCAGUUUGAGUAAAAAUCACUCCCUCUGAAUUGAAUAGACGUUACUUGUUUGGUAUUUGUGACAUGAUAAUCAAGCUAUAUCUUGAGUCAUCUGCAAAAUUUGUUAAGUGAAACAUGAUAGACAAAACCUGAAUGUAUAAUGGAAAUAAAUAGGAAAAAAAAUAUUUUCUGGCAGUUUUAGUUACAAUAUAAAAAUGUAACAAAAUCACAGAUUAACCUCUUUUCCUUAGUAGGUUACCUGUAAUUGUGUGUGGUGAUAUUAAGCAACUUAACAAACCUCUUAAAUCACUACUUUGGCUCAAAAUGCUUUCUGUUAUUUUUAACAUCUUUUUGAUUUUCUCUAAAUCUAUUUUUUAUGAGUCAUUGUAACUGAAAAAGUGCCUGAUCCAUGGGACAACUAUAUAAGGACUUGCAGGAUUGGUAUCAAAAAAAGGUUUUUCUUAAGAUUUACUACUGCUUUUUUAACUAGUUUGCCUACUGUUUACCAUCAUUUGAAUAUGCAAAAAUGUGUGCUAGCAAUGUGACUCUUGCAUUUGAGGCUUUGGAUUUUUGAUUAUGAUGCUUAUCCAGCCCUUUAUAAUUAUUUCCAUGGGUGAGUAGCUUGCAUAUGCUCUGUGAGCCUCUAGGGUAUCACAGCUACAAUAAAGCUGCUUUUAUUCCAGAGAAUUUCCUCUAGCUGAUUUCAUCUUUUUAUGGCUGCCUAAUCCUACUCCAUUCUCAGAAGCAGACUUGGAUCCCACCCAGCCUAAGUAUUCUAUAUAAAACUAAAGGUAGGAGAUGCCCUGAGCCUGGUCAGUAUAUCCCAGAUAUGCAGGAAAUGGCAGCCAAGAAAUAAAUGACAAAGCUCAUUUAACUAUGUUCCCUGGCUUGUCCCACCUGUGUCACCCAUAGCAGCUUCAUAACUCCAUGCUCUUCAAUUGGAUACUCUUCCCCUUCAUACUCUUCUCUGACCUUCCUGAUCAACCCAGUCAAAGAGCCCUAUAUGUGACCUACUGAAGUUUAUGGAAUCCAGAAAACUGCAUAACUUCUCUUCUAAACAGGGCCAUAUGAUCUAGAUGUGCUAUUGUUUUCUUGAGCUUAGAAUGAAAUCUUUAAAAAAGAGAAAACAUAUUGAAGGUCUGCUUGUUUCCUUGAAGGACAGUUUCCAGUUAUGCAAUUGGAAUUCCACUGCAGCAGUGACAAGUUGGGGAAAAGCAAAUUACAUAUUGCAUAGAUAUUAACUGGUAAAAAGUGUUUAAUUGACCCUAUACAUACUGAUGACUAACUGUGGGUACUAUUUAAUAAGGUAAUAAGAGUUAACAGUUAUUCCGCAAGUUACAGAAAUGUCUUAAAGUUGAACAAAUCUUUUACUUUUCAAAAAAUAAUAUUAGGGCUUGUCUACACUGGCAAUUAACAGCGCUGCAACUUUCUCGCUCAGGGGAGUGAAAAAACACCCCCCUGAGCGCAGCAAGUUGCAGUGCUGUAAAGCUCCAGUGUAAACUGCCCCAGCGCUGGGAGCUGCGCCCCUGGUUGAAGUGGACUGCAACCACAGAAGGCACUUUAAAGUGCUGCCGUGGCAGCGCUUUAGCAUUGCCAGUGUAGACUAACUCUUAGUUUAACAAAUUUUUACUAUAGCACCACAGGUGUGCAUGAUGGUUUACAAAUCUAGGGACUAAUUCACUUCUGCUAGCAACGCCCUCACUGCAAGCCACCUUUGUGCAAAUAGCAGUGGAGAGGAAAGUUCUUUUGCAUGUGAAGCCAGUCUUAUGUCAUAUAAGGGCACAAAACCUGGCCAUACUGAACUUCUGUUUGGAGAGCUGGCUGGAACUCUGUUACCUAGCAGUUAGAAUUCUGAGCUGGUGCUCCACCCUAGAGAUGCUACAGCAGAGUGUAUAUCAGGUGGUUUGCCUUUGCUUCUUGUCCAACAAGCAGAGUCUGUGAUACUUACCUCCCCAUUCCUCUUCUCAGCCUUUGGAGAGAUCAGCUGUGGGAAAGAGUCUCUAAAGGCCAGUUGCAGGAGGGGUAGGUCAGAACUCCUUCUGAAUACACCCAUGUCCCCACUCAAUGGGAGAUCACUUUGUUUCCUUCUUUCUGGUCCCUGCUUUCUCUUUCUUAUAACAGUUACAUGAGUUUACUGCAGCCUUAGGCUGCAGGAACUUCUGUGUUGGAGUGGAGUCAGGAGGGGUGGAUAUUCUGAAUGCUGGAUGGGAGUAGGGCAUUCAUUUGCUUAUGUAGGUCCUGGAGAUGGGGCUGCUGUGGAGAUAUUACCUCACCCACCAUGUCUUGGAAUCUGUCAGACUGAUUGCUGAACUUUCUAACUCGUGAGUUAACAACCAGUAAGUCCCUUACUGCUAUGUGCCAGAAUAUUGGUCAAAGGCUGGCCUGUAAAGCAAGCAUGGCUAUCUAUAAUUUUUAUUUUAUUUUUAAGUUUGCUCCUCUGAAGAAGGGGUUCUCUAAUAAAGGAAUUCUCUGUAAGGUUUGCAAUAAAGGUUUUUCUUUUCCUUAGCAUGCAUUGGAGGAUUCCACUGGAGGCUUAAUUCCUUUUGAUGGACAAAAGGAAGUACAGUAGAUAUUUCUUAUGUCAGUCAGGCAACUGCCCAAUUUGUCUCAUGUCCUGAUUUUCCACAAAAUCUCCCAGUAUGAUGAUCUUACAUUCUUGCAUGUGAAAACCAGAUUAAGGAGAAAGCUCUGAUUUAUUUUCUUCUUAAAUUUAUUCCAUUGUUGCAAUUUCUAUUUCUUUGUUAACUAUAAGUCACAUAAAUGUCUUGUUAAUGGAAUACUCCUUACUUCCAUGUGCCUACAGACCUUUUGAAACAAAAAUAAAAUGUGGGAAAUAACAGUACAAAUAUUAACCAAAUAAAUCAACAUGUCCAACCAAGUCAUAAAAUCAACUUGGUUAAUAAAAUGAACAUUAAAACCCCUCCCUGUGCCAUCAGAAUGCUGGAGUACUCUGAAACAUUUUAGGAAAUGGCCCACAAUAAUAAAAAAUUAGCUGCUAAAGCAAAAAAAUAGAAUGAAAAGGUUGAAAUGAGGACAUGUCCUGUACUGCAGAUUAAGCAAAGCAAAAUUGCUUACAUUUAUGUACAAGAUUCCCCUUGUGCAAAUGUGUAUAGAUUGCAUAUAUUGUGCCAUGGUGUUUGCUAUUCCAUUUCUCCUGAGUAUUUUUAUUGGUACCUUGAAUCUGAUUUUACAUUUAGUAUGAAAGAAGAUAUGUGAAGAUUGGCUUCUGCUUAGGUGCAAUUGAUGCCUUCAAGGGUGAAAAGGAUUUGAGCCUCAGAGGGGAGAAAAGAGUGGAAGAUUCUGUCAAAUCACUAGUGAGUCUGAGAGUUAGACGGGAGUUGCUCUUUAAAUAACAUCACAUCCUCCCUUCCUUUCCUCUAACACUGCGGAAAUCCUUCUGUUAGUUGUGAUCAAGGAUCCCUGAAUUUUUGAGUGUUGAGGGAACAGAGUCUGGGAGAAGGGAGAAAAGCACUGUACACAACAGAACUUUGUUCUCCAGCAAACCCAUCGGAAAAUACAGGCAAGAAUUAAUGCUUACCAUUUCACAAUUAAUUCCUGUGGACUCCUGGUGUAGAACUUCAAACUCCCCUCAAGGGGUAGUUUGUAGCACAGAUGGGAUGCAAGAACAAUGCAGCUUUUUCAGCCAGGCUGUUUUAGGAGAUAGGGGGAAAGUUGGACAAAGAAUGCCCCAGCCUCCUAUGGAUUCCAUGAGAUCAGUGUGAUUUUUAUCAGAACUCAGGACAAAUGCAGACUUGGCCCUUCUCUGCAGUGCCAAACCCCAUCCACUUGAGAAGAAUGUGACACAUUCUGAGGCAAUACAAAUAUAUAUGGUUACUUAAGGCAUGCCCACAUUUUGAUUGUAUUGUUUUUUCUUUUCUCCCCUUUGUUCUUGUUCCCUUCUAUAAAUAUUUAAUUUGAAAAGGAAGAUCGAGAUGAGUGAAUAUUACUGAAAUUGAAUGAAUAAAUUAAUGAAUUAUUGUGAGCAUCAUGGAAGAGGUCAGUUUUCAGGAGACAUUUAAAUAAAAAGUAGGGUAGGGUGUUCCAUGUGUUGGUAAUUGUAUGAAAAAAGGCAUGGACCUGCAACUAUGUUGAAUUCUCAUACACCUCAGAUGUGAACCUCUUCAGAUACCUGCACCCAGUUAUAAGAGUUUUUUUAUUAUGAGUAUGCAACCUUUUAAAGUAUUAUCCAAUUUGUGUGUUUAUAUUUAAUUUGCUUCUGGCAGUUCUCCUUGUUUGACUUCUAAGUUUAGAAUUGUAAACGGACAAAUGAUAUUUUUCAGUGAAUAGGCAAAUUUGUCCUGACCUAUGAAAGGCAUGUAGGGUACCCACAGGGCUUGGAAUGUUUAUUAACCAAUUAAAUUGUUCAUUUUCCUGUUAGCUAUUUUAUUAUAGGAGAAUAAGUAAUAGGAUUUGUGUAUUAAGGCAAAAAAAUUAACAAGUCUACAACUGAGCUGCUCUUAAUCUCUCGCAUGAAUUUAUUGCAGCAAACAAUUUUUAUAUUUGAAAGAAUUCAUUGCAGUAAUGCUCUUGGGCCAAAUAGUGGCUUCCCGUGGGUAAACCCUCAGGGGCAGGAAAAUUGUACAAAUUCUUAGUUUGUGUUAAUACAGUUGAGGGUACCAUAUUUUUGUUUUGGUUCUCUUCCCUGUUUCAAUCAAAUGAAUUCCAAGCCCAAAUUAAGUGUCACCUUUUGGCCAUGUCGCAAAUUCGCUGGGUCUGUGUGUGUACCAUCUGGCCUGCAGACUAGAAAGUUGAGGCCAGGCCCAGCACCAAAGGCCCCUUGAUGCUGGUGCUUCCUUUGACACCGCCAUUGUCUUGGUGGCCGAUCCCAUCAUCGAGUUCAGUAUCAGCCUCGGUGCUGAUGCCUCUCCUGGUACCAUGUGGCAGUGUCUCCUUUGAUGCUGCUGGUGCUGAUUCUCCACUCCUCUUUGGCACCAAAUUUGCCACCUUAUUGGGCUUCAGAGAGUCUGACCAUCAGUUUGCCUCAUCGGGGCUGGCUCCCCCAUUGUCACCACAGAACCUCUUGGUAAAGGGAAUUCAUAUCUUCCUGUAUCUAGACGAUUGGUUAUUGAGGGGCAAGUCCAGAGAGGAAGUCCUCUCUUUUGUUCACAUCACUCUACAUCUACUUAAUCAUCUAGGACUCAUCCUGAACCUGGGAAGGCAACAUUGGUUCCAGCUUAGUGAAUCGAGUUCAUUGUGGCCCAGAUAGACUCAAAAAGUUCCAGAUUGUUUCUACCGACCAAGUGAUUCCAGGCAAUCUACUACCUAUGUUAGAGCUGCAGUCUCAUUCCUCAACCACAGCUCAGGUAUAUGCGGGCUAUGGUUGCUAGGCCACAUGCACACAGGUAGUUCAAUAUGCCAGGCUGCGCCUGCAUCCUAUUCAGAUGUGACUGAAAUCGGUCUGUCUCUUGGACAUGCUGGUCUGACUACCUCCACUGAUGCCGGUUUCCUUACAGGGUGGGCGAUUCAGGACAAUGAGUGCCAGGGUGUUCCUUUCACUUGGCCUUCACUGACCAGGACUAUAGUCGCUGAUGGCUCCUUAAUAGGUUGGGGAGUCCAUCUGGAUCUGCUGAAAGUUCAAGGCCUGUUGUCAGAACAGGAAGCUUCUCUGCAGAUCAAUGUCAUGGAGCUUCAUACUAUCUACAGUGCCUCUCAGACCUUUCAGGAUCACACUGGGGCUCAGCGGUUCUCAUACUCACCGACAAUGCCACCAAAAUAUAUUAUGUGAACAGGUAGCAGGAAGCACACUUCAACCUGCUUUGUCAGGGGACAGUCAGGUUUUGGCAGUUUUGCACUGGGAGAAACAUUAUGCCCAUUGCCAAUCACUUGUCUGGAAUCCAGUCACCUGAUGGAUCACCUCAGCAGAAAUUUCUGUCUGAAUCACAAGUAGUCUUUGAAGCUCAGUGUCCUGCAGUUGGUCCAUCUUUGCAGUUUAUGGUAUCCCAAUGAUCGAUCUGUUGCCUUUCAUAGCAAACAAGAAAUACUGGCUGUUUUGCUCCCAGGGAUGCCUUGGUCUGGGCUCCCUGAUGGAUGCUUUUCACCUGCGUUGGGAAUCAGCACUCCUGUUUGCCUUGUCUCCGAUUCGGAUCAUCCUGCAGGUCAUUCUUAAGCUGAAAUUGGACCCUGCCAAGCUUAUUCUCACUGCUUCAGUGUGUCUGAGACCUCCUCGCAUUAUUGGUCGGCCCCCCGUCCCUUCUUUUUCAUCCUGACCACCUAACUCAGCAUCACGGUCAGGCUUGGCUGCCUGUAUCUCACAGCGUGGAUGCUGCAUAGUUAGAUAAGGAGAAAGGAUGUUCAGAGGCGGUCUGGGGCAGGUCUUGCUUACUAGUAGAAAGUCCUCCACCAAGGCUGCCUAUUCAGCCAUGUGGAAGUGGUUCUCAUUAUGGUGAUUAUCCUGGGAAGUUCAACCAAUGCUGGCUUGUAUCCAGGACAUCUUACUUGGAGUAAUUGGUUAACACCUUCAGUCUUUUGGUCUUGCACUUAGUUCACUGAGAGUGUACCUGAUGGUGAUUUCAAUCCAUGGGAAGUCAGUGUGUUCAAACCCCAUGGCGGUGAGGUUCUUGAAAGGAGUCUUUCAUCUCCACCUAUCGGUUAGAGAGCUGGUUCCCUUGUGGGAUCUUCAUAUUGUUUUAGUGGCUCUCAUGGGAUCUCCAUUUGAGCCUCUGGCAACUUCUUCUUACUCUCUCCUGUGUCAGAAAACUGUCUUUCUUGUGGCAAUAACAUCUGCAAGGAGAGUGUGCGAGUUGCAGGCUUUGAUGGCGGCGAACUCCUUACAUGCCUUUUUCCAAAGACAAAGUAAUCCUGCAGUUGCACCCUAAGUUUUUAUCUAAGGUGGUUUCCCAAUUUUGCUUGAAUCAAGUUAUAUAUCUGCCAGUGUUUUUCCCUAAGCUGCAUUCAACCCCAGAGGAGCAGUGUCUUCACACAUUAGAUGACAAGCAAUGUUUAGCUUUUUAUCUGGAGAGAACUAAACCUUUCCAUUACUCGCCUUGUCUGUUUGUUUCAUAUGCAGCUCGAAUGAAGGGCCAAGCAGUCUCUUCACAAACAGUCUCCAGGUGGAUAACUUCCUGUAUCAUGACAGAGUACAAAGUAGACCAGGCUAUGACUCCUCAGGGGUAUGACCUCAUUCCACAAGAGUUCAAGUCACAUCAAUGGCAUUUCUAAAUGAUAUUCCUAUAUUGGACAUUUGCAGAGCAGCUGCUUGGUCCUGUGUGCAUACUUUUUGCAAACCACCAUGCCAUUGCAGCUGCUCCAGAUCAGAUGCAAACUUGGGAAGGCAGUCCUCUUUUAAAAAGACUCCGAGCCCCCACCUCCUGUGAGCAUAGGCGCCGACUUCCCCUCUUUCACAUGGGUGCUCGACCCCACCCCAACCCCCA